CUGGCAGCAGCUAUGUGAGGCCCGUAAUCUGCCAGCACCCUAUGUCAAAAAAAAUUUAACACACCAGCAGUGUGAAGAGACCUGAAAGUGGCACAUGGCAGCAGAGUGUGGCGAUGGAGACAGCAGCAAUGGGAGGCCGUACAGGGACCCAUGACAGACUCUGGACCUGGCAGCAGCAUGAGGAGGAGGCAAAGUGGCACAUGGCAGCAGAGUGUGUGGCGAUGGAGACAGCAGCAAUGGGAGGCCGUACAGGGACCAUGACAGACUCUGGACUUGGCAGCAGCAUGAGGAGGCGGUAUAUAGGGGCCCAUGGCAGAUUAGGGGCCUGGCAGCAGCUAUGGGAGGCGGUAUAUAGGGCCCAUGGCAGAUUAGGUGCCUGGCAGCAGCUAUUGGGAGGC